GGCAGCACUGAUGCGCACUGAUAGGUGGCACUGACUGGCACUGAUGGGCAUCACUGAUGGGCACUGAAAGGCAGCACUCAUAUAUGGCACUGAUAGGCGGCACUAAUAGGCAGCUCUGAAAGGCACUGAUAGGUGGCACUGAUAGGUGUCACUGACUGGCACUGAAAGGCAGCUCUGAUAUGUGGCAUUGAUGUGCACUGAUGGGCAUUGGUAUAUGGCAUUGACAGGUGGCACCGAUAGGUCUACAUUGAUCAUCAGGGUACUGAUCAUCAGUGCCCUGAUGCUCAGUGUAGAUGUCGCCUCUGAGGAAUGCCACUUACUG